UUAUCCUGGAAUGAGAGCAGACAUCAAUGCAAAAAAAUGGGAGGAGACCUGGUUAAGAUUGACAGUGAGAAGGAGCAGAGAUUCCUGGUGGAAAGAAUCAGAGACAAAGAAACUAAUGAUAAGGAGUUCUGGAUCGGGCUGACAGACUCAAAGGAAGAGGCAACGUGGCUGUGGGUGGACAACUCAACACUGAGCACAAGUUUGAUCUUUUGGCACGGUUUGGAGCCGAACAACGCAGGAAAUCCUGAUGGAGAGGACUGUGUGACCUUGAGGGUGAAUGAAGCAGAAGACCUGAAGACCUGGUUUGAUCAAUCCUGCAAAGCCGAUCACAAACGAAUAUGUGAGAAACCAGCAGAAUUAAUAAUGUUACAUUAGUCUGACAUCCAGUGAAGUGUGAAUUCUGAGCUUACCUAACAACCUCAAUGGAGAAAUGCUAUUAUUGAUAAAGCUAAUGUAUAAUAAAUAAUAAGGUUUGUACACAUUGAGGAUCUCCUUCAGACAUGUUAAUAAAAAUACAUUGCUUUGCACAAUAUUUUGUCUGAUAUGUCAAAAAGCUGCAUGGCCAUUACAAGUUCUUCUGUUUAUAUCAGUUCAUUCUCUCAUUGAUAUAUUAAUAAUCUUUGAAUAUGUAAGUAUGUCUAAAGUUCACCUACAUGACACAAUAUGUCUCCUACUUAAGCAUGUUCUCAGUAUGUGUGACCUGGAGACUUCAGGUUUCCACAUUUGUGUGAGCUGUUUAUUGAACCACUAUUCAAACGUGUGAAAACAGGCAUCUGUGUCAAACUGCGCUCGGACAUCGUUCUGCACAGUGAAGCUCAAAUAUCCAGGUCAUGAAACACAAAAGAGAAACAUGUUUUUAAGUGGAAGGGAACUUUAAAAUGCAGAUUUUUUAAAAUGAGAACAAGAAGUGACUGUGCAGAAUUAACCAGCUGUUACUGAUCUUUUUAAUUUGUGAUCCAACAGCAACAAAAAUGUUUUAUAAAGCAUUUUCACCAAUAAACUCCUUGUGUUUUCACUUUGUUUGUAACUUUAAAGCAACACCACUGAUCCAACCUGUACGGUGCUGACAUACAAAAGAAGCUGUCUGGCUUACUGGAUGGAACAACUCAUUAAAAUCUGUAGAUGUGAAUUAGUCACUGGUGUGGACUUUGCAAUACUGUUUUCCUGCUGUAGAACCUGCUGCAACUAAAUACACAGAUGUUGUGUAUAAAAAUUAUAGUAGACAACAACUGUGACAUAAAUAUUCAGUGAGGGGAAGGAUAAAAGUCUGUGGCAGAGAAACAGUCUAGGGAGGAGACCAAAGAAAGCGAACCAGAAGGGAUCAGCCUUUCCACAUCUGUGGAUUCAAGAGUUUGCAUCUAAGAAACUGAGAUGACAGAAAGAGUUUAGCUCCAUUUAAUAGAAUUUACUGUUUCACAUCUGCUGUGAAAUCCGGUAAAACUAGACAGAAUCCACAUUAUGUGUGGUCACAGUGAAUAGCAGCACUCUGACUGGAUCUGGGAAGGCUAAACCAUUGUAGUUACAGGCUCAAAGGCUCAGACACAAAAACUAAAUAUCACUGAAGUGAAUCACUACACUGAGCAGGUACAAUGACUACGCAUGUACAACAGAUACAGCCAUGACUUAACAAACCAGCCUGGUCAAACAGUGUAGGAGGAUGAAAACAUGUCUCAGUCUUCACAGACACAGGGCGGCCUCACUCUUUCACAGCUUGCAGCAACUAAUCGCCCUAAACAGCUCCCCCUAAUGACGGAGGGCUGCAAUCCGAAGCCUCUGGAGGAAUCCAGCAAAUGGUUGUUCAACAAAUGAAUGUGUUUUAACGCUGUAGCUUUAACACCAUAGUAGCAGGAGAAAUACCUUCACAUAAGACCAGCAUGUGUUGUGCAGCGUACCUCCAAUUGGCCAGGUCAGUCUUGUUUUUUUGUUUUGUUUUUAAUUUGGAGGUUUGCUUAGUCCUGUAACAGAAUAAGUACAACAAGGAUCACUCUUCAAUAGUUGUAUUUAUUAAAAAUAAAAAUAAGCAUUUAGCAGUGACUCAAAGAAAACAAAACAAUACCCAAGACUUGAUUAACACCAUAAAUCAUCAGUUUAUGUAAACGUAUUUCUUACCUCAGCCUUUUUCUUUUUUAGAGCUGAACUCAAUCAGGAGCUGGUCUGUGGCGUUCGACCAGUCUUAAAUCUACUCUUAGACCACUCUAGUGCAGAGAUAGGUAACAUCUAUAGGAGAGCGACCCCCUGGAACCUCCUCUAAGAACCGCAGGUGUGAUCCCAGUUUUACAGUUUUACAAAAAUAAAGACUGGUAACAACCAGUGACACCAAAAAAAAAAA